AUGGACAUGGACAAAGCAGAACGAUCUUCGGACCAGGUCGAGGACGUCAACGCCGAUAAGCUGAGCCAACAUGGCGGCAACCUCAUCAUGCCUGCGAGCCUGGCGGCCCUAGGCCAGGAGGAAUACGAGAGGGUCGGCAAGAAAGCAACAUUGAAGAUGGACAUGGUGAUCAUGCCCAUCAUGGUCAUAAUGUACAUCCUCAACUACCUCGAUCGCCAGAACAUAGCUAGCGCGAAGCUCGCUGAUAUCACCACGGACCUAAGCCUCAGCGAAGUUGAGUAUCAGACCACCGUCAGUAUCUUGUUUGUUGGUUACAUCCUCAUGCAAGUCCCCUCCAACAUGAUCGUCGGCAAGAUCAAGUGGCCCGGGGCGUACAUCUGCUGUGGAAUGGCCGCCUGGGGUGUUAUUUCUUCCCUCAUGGCCGUGGUGCACAACUACGAAGGUCUUUUGAUGGCUCGAUUCUUCCUCGGCUUCGUCGAGGCUAUAUUCUUUCCCGGCGCUCUUUACUUUCUCUCCCUGUUCUAUAACCGAAAGCAGUUUGCCCUGCGGACUGCCAUACUCUACUCUGGAUCCCAGCUGGGCAAUGCUUUUGGCGGACUCUUCGCCAUCGGCAUCUUGAACCUGGAUGGUGCCCAUGGACUCGCGGGUUGGCGUUGGCUGUUCCUCGUAGAGGGCGUCAUCACCGUCGGCUUGGCCAUCCCGUUCGCAUGCAUCCUACCCAACUCCAACAAGAAAAUUCCCACUCUGACCCAGCUGGAGUGCGAAUGGGUUCAGUACAACUUCGCGGCAGACCAGGGUCAGGAAGACGAUCCGAGCGAAGUCACCGCUCUCAAGGGGUUUAUGAUGGCUGUUACGGACCCAAAGACCUGGAUGUUCAUGGGUGUUCUCUACUCCACCUACAUCGUCGGCGCCGUCGCCAACUUCUUCCCCUCCGUCGUCGGCGGCCUCGGCUUCUCCCGUACAAUGACCUAUGCCCUCACCGCGCCGCCCUUCCUCCUCUGCGUCAUCACAAUGCUCCUAAACGGCUUCCACUCAGAUCGUAAACAAGAACGCUCCCUACACAUCGUCAUCCCCCUAUGCAUCACCCUUGUCGCCAACAUUAUCGCCGUCUCAACGACUAACACGGCCGCACGCUACGUCGCUAUGAUGCUCCUUCCGGGAUCUUUCUACGCCGCUGCUGUGGUAGUGCUCUCGUGGAUCACGGGUAGUCUGGCACAGCCUUCGGUGAAGCGUGCGAGUGCUAUUGCGCUGAUCAAUGCUAUGUGUAACACGCCGAAUGUUUGGGGUAGUUAUCUGUACUAUGGUGCGCCGAGGUAUGUUACGGCAUUUAUUGUGAAUAUUGCGGCGACAGGGUUGGCUAUUGGGUUCGCUACGGUGACGAGGAUCUGGUUGAGGCGGUUAAAUGCCAAGUUGGACCGGGGCGAAGACACGGGGAAGCAUGGGCCGACGCAGGCGCAGGUUGCCGGAGGAUUUAGGUAUCUCACUUGA